AGUCACGUCUCAUGUGCCCAGUAGCAAAACAUCAACGCCCAUUUUCUCCUCCUUCGUCGCUCUCCAUCCCCAUGGCAAGAGAGGCUCUGUCACUUCCUAUCUUGUGAGGCGAAGCUACCCAGAUCAUGGCUUCCGCUUCCGCUUCAGCUUCAUUAUAAUUAUAAAACCACUCAGAGUGCAUUUCGAAGACCCACAAAUUCCAACCAAUGCUUUGUUCAAUGGAUUUGAGAAGGCUUUCAAGAGCUAUGCCUUCUCCUUUCUCGGCACGCAUCUCGCGUUCCUUGACCUGGGUGACAUCAACCCACUUUAGCCCUCCUCAAUCUCCACCUCCAAAGCCUCAGAGUCAAUCAUUACCUUCUUCUGAGCAGAGCCUGCUUGAUUUGGUGCAUUCUAUUCUCUCCAGCAAGGUUCUGGAUUCUGCUACCUGUCAAGCUUUGAUAACCCGCUUGUCGCCUCUUGAAUUUGAUCACGUAUUCUUUACUAUUAAAUCCAAUGUGAACCUCAAAACAACUCUUCUCUUCUUUCAUUUCGCUGCUGAUUCUUUCAAGUUUCGAUUCACGGUUCGGUCGUACUGCCUUUUGGUUCGUUUGCUUCUAUCUUCGACCCUUUUAUCACCUGCAAGGUUGCUUUUAAUCCGUCUGAUUGAUGGGGAGUUGCCUGCUUUGUUUGGUGACUACGAUAGGCACAUUGAAAUAGCUGCUUCAAUGUUGGAGUUAAAUACCGUCACGGAAAAAAAUCAUGAUGGAUUGGAUUUGUUGAUUCAUGUUUUCUGCACCCGAUUCAAGGAUUCGGGUCUACAUGCUGCUAUUGAUAUAUUUUACUUAUUUUGGAGAAAGGGGACGUUUCCAUCUCAGAAAAUUUGCAACUUGUUGUUGAACUCAUUAUUGAAGGCUAAUGAACUUCAAAAGUGUUAUGAAGUGUUUGAUGCUUAUUGUCAACUUGUUUUACCGGAUGUUUACACCUGCACUACUGCAAUCAAUGCAUUUUUCAAAGGAGGCAGGGCGGAGGAUGCAAUUAGUUUUUUGAAAAUGGAGGAGGUUGGUGUUUCACCUAAUGUUGUUACCUACAAUAACAUGAUUGAUGGGCUCUGCAAGAGUGCUAGAUUAGAAGAGGCAUUUCGAUUUAAAGAAAGGAUGGUAAAAAGUAAUGUGAAUCCAAGUCUUAUAACCUAUAGCGUGCUUAUCAAUGCUUUGGUGAAAUCGGAGAAAUAUGAUGAAGCAAAUUGCAUUUUGGUGGAAAUGUCGGACAGUGGCUUUACUGCCAACGAGUUUGUUUAUAACACGCUGAUUGAUGGAUGCUGUAGGAGGGGAAAUAUGAGUGAAGCACUGAGGAUCAAUGAUAACAUGUUAUCUAAGGGCAUAAAACCCAAUUCUGUUGCUCUUAAUACUCUUUUACAAGGUUUUUGCAGAACUAAUAAAAUAGAGCAAGCUGAGAAAAUAUUAGAGGAGAUAUUAUCCAGUGGGUUAUCUAUUAACCUGGAUGCAUGUUUUUCUGUUAUUCAUUCUCUAUGUAAGAAAGCAAAGUUUGAUUCUGCCCUUCGAUUUGUUAGAGAGUUGUUAUUGAAAAAUAUCAAGCCUAGUGAUAACUUGCUUACCGCAUUAGUCCACGGCCUUUGUAAGUGUAGAAAACAUUCAGAGGCUAUUGAGCUUUGGUUUAGCCUUGCAGAUAAAGGCUUUGCAGCCAAUACUAUUACCUCAAAUGCUCUUCUUCAUGGACUUUGUGAACAAGGGAACUUUCAGAGGGUUGACACAAUACUCCAAAAGAUGCUUGAGAGGGGUUUGGUAUUGGACAGGAUCUCAUACAACAUACUCAUUCUUGGCUGUUGCAAAAGCGGUAUGGUUGAACAAGGUUUCAAGCUUAAGAAAGAGAUGGCUAAGCAAGGGAUCCAACCAGAUAUACAAACCUACAAUUGUAUAAUGAAGAGUUUAGUUGAUAUGGGUAAAAUGGAUGAUGCUAGUAAGCUUUUGCAUGAAGGCCAGCAAGAGGGCUUGCUUCCAAAUGUCUAUACAUAUGCAUUGAUCAUUAAAGGAUAUUGUAAGUUUGACAGACUUGAUGACGCUAUAAGCUUAUUCAAUGAGUUAGUUAAUAAUAGGAUAGUAGAACUAAAUUCUGUUGUUUAUAACAUACUUAUAUCAGCCUAUUGUCGAAUUGGUAAUGUGAUAGAAGCCUUCAAACUUCGUGAUGCCAUGAAAAGUAGGGGUAUUCCACCAACAUGUGCCACAUUUUCUUCUCUAAUACAUGGAAUGAGCAAUAUUGGCCGUGUUGAUGAGGCAAAAGAUAUUUUUGAAGAAAUGAGAAAAGUAGGCUUGUUACCAGACGUUGUAUGUUAUACUGCACUUAUUGGGGGUUACUGUAAGCUUGGCCAGAUGGAUAGAGCGAUAAGUGUCUUGCUUGAAAUGUCUGCAAACAAUAUACAUCCCAAUAAAAUUACAUACACUGUUAUAAUUGAUGGGUAUAGCAAAUUGGGCUAUAUGAAAGAAGCAAAUGAGAUUUUAUGUAAGAUGAUAGUAAAUGGUAUAACACCAGAUACUGUCACUUGUAAUGCAUUGGUAAAUGGGCAUUGCAAGGAAAGGAAACUACAAGAAGCCUUUCAACUGUGUGAUCACAUGUCUGGUGGUGGAGUAUCACUAGAUGAAAUUACAUAUACGACGUUGGUUCAUGGGUUGCAUCCUCCUUCAGCACUUAGCUUUCAAGAGUAAUUAGUAAACUUCUCUGAUUUGGUUGAUACCAUGAAUCUUGGGAUUGAUGCUGUCACAAUUAUGCUCAGCCUCAGCAUUUCCUGAAGAUGAAGGUUUCAUAUGCUUGAUAUCCAACAUGUGGAUUAAAGGCAACAACUAAGGCAGCAUGCUCUUUCCCCAGAUUCCCAAUCGAAGAAUGAACUUGGAGCUUAAGAGGGAAAUUAAAUUCUCGAGUGUACAAGGACUGCCCCACAGCAAUGAUUUUCUUGCUCCUUAACCAUCUACCAGGCAUCUCUGAAACAAGUGACAUGGUCAAGUAUCAAAAGGACGACUCUGUCAUUUUUACUAAUUUUUGUCCAGUGAGCAUCAUGAGAUGCGGGAGAGCAUAAUAAUGUCACGCAAUCCAUGUAGUAUCCCAUCUACUGAGAUAAGGCUUGUCGUUAUUCUCAUGAUGUGAUAGAGUAUAAUGAUGUUGCACAAUUCAUGUAGCCAAUCUUAUUUAGUGGAAUAAGGCUUGUCGAUGUUGUUAAGUGUC